CUGAGGCGGCGCUGAGGGAGCCGCGACGGGACGGCGGCGACGGCGGCGGGAGAGGUGGUGGUGACUGCGGGGCAGCGCAGAGGCUGCUCGGAGGGGACGCGGGACUGACGCCGAGGCGGCUCUGAGGGGACUCGGGGACCAUGGCAGACCAGGAAGCGGGGUACGGAGCCAAGCCCCGGCGGCCUCCAGAUGAUGUUGAUACUGGCCUUGGUUUUUGUGGAUGGCUCCUGGUGAUAGUCUCGGUUUUUUUCACCGUUCUUACAUUUCCUAUAUCAGUAUGGAUGUGCAUAAAGAUUAUCAAGGAAUACGAGCGAGCCAUCAUCUUCCGACUUGGACGCAUCCUGAAAGGGGGAGCAAGGGGACCAGGUUUGUUUUUUGUCCUGCCUUGCACAGACAGCUUCAUCAAAGUUGAUAUGAGAACCAUCUCUUUUGAUAUCCCUCCUCAGGAGAUCCUGACCAAGGAUUCAGUGACAGUCAACGUGGAUGGAGUGGUUUAUUACAGGGUGCAGAACGCCACCCUGGCCGUGGCAAACAUCACCAACGCUGACUCAGCCACCCGGCUCCUGGCACAGACCACCCUGAGGAAUGUCCUGGGCACCAAAAGCCUCUCUGAGAUCCUCUCUGACCGUGAGGAGAUUGCCCACAGCAUGCAGGUCACACUUGAUGAGGCAACAGACGAUUGGGGCAUUAAGGUGGAACGUGUGGAGAUCAAGGAUGUGAAGUUACCUGUCCAGCUGCAGAGAGCCAUGGCUGCAGAAGCAGAGGCUGCCCGGGAGGCGAGAGCCAAGGUGAUCGCGGCCGAGGGGGAGAUGAACGCGUCCAGGGCCCUGAAGGAGGCGUCCAUGGUGAUCACAGAGUCUCCUGCUGCUCUCCAGCUGCGGUACCUGCAGACCCUGACCACCAUUGCUGCUGAAAAGAAUUCCACCAUCGUCUUCCCCCUGCCCAUAAACAUCCUGCAGGGCCUCCUAGGUGUGACGGAGUAGGGAGACUGGGAGGGGCGAGCUCGGGGUCAGCCCACGUUUGCAGCACUGAGUUCCCUGUGUAUUGUAGCUUGUGGCAGUGUUAGCAGAGUGGGUUUGCUGAGGAACCUUUUUGUUUUACUGAGUGUGUUAUAGAACUUGUAUGUAAUGUUUGUGAACGUGGACAAUCGCAAUCUUUGAAGUUGAAAGCCUCUCAGAAGGAGCACAAGCAGGUUGUGAUCUUAAAUAAGCUUUAUCCAUAUUGUCCUGGAUGGAACACCUCUAAUCCAAAACUUCCUUUUCAAGUAGAAGAGAAAGCCAGCUGUGGUAGAGGUGAUCCAACAUUUGGAAUUAUUCCUUCUACAAAAUGGGUCUGUAGCCCUGCAAGGGAAGUGGAAUAGUGUCCUGGGGGCUCCUGAAAAUCAGGCUCGUGUUCUCUAAACCAGUCCCCAUUGAUGAGAAACAGUUGUUAGUGAAACUGUCUUUCUGCCACCCAGGAAUGGCACAAACAUGCCGUAGUUAUGGAUACAACGUGCUUGUGGUCACUGAUGGGCUGCUGUUGUUAUGAGGCUGUGUCUGCAGAGAGUUGCACUGCUUUAAAGCACUGAAAAGGCUCUACAUCUGUUUCUCCUAAAAAUAUUUUUUAAAACCCAAAGUGCUGCAUUUUAUCCAGAUCUACAACCUUAUUUCUCCAGGAAAUGACAUGUCUGUAACUAGCAGCAGGGAUGAGAGGUGUUUAACAGAGGGUGCUGCACUGGUGCUUUACCUGUUGGUGCUGCUCUGUGCAGACCUGGAGUGGUUGUUGUGUCAAUAAGGGCUUACAUUUCAUCCUCAAAGCAGCUGGGCCUCAGCUCACAUAACCCAAGCUGUUAAACUUCCUGUUUUGUACCCCUGUAGAACGGAUUAAUAAGAGAAGAACUGGAGGAAGCGUAGGGAAGACUCUUCAGGCUGCCACCAGCAUUGAGUCUGACAUCUAUAAAAUCUGGGACGAGGCAGUGGAACUGAAAUGCCAAGAUCACUGAUGUAAGUGCCCUUCUCCCACUGGCCAGCAUAACUCCAUAAGUAGUUUCUUAUGCCCUUUCUGCUCCAAUCAGCUCUGUAUUUACAGGUGUUUUAGGCCUGGGUACCUGUGCCUCGACACGCUGUGCCUUUGUCACUGGCAGGAGAUGCCCAAGUGCUGUUGUUUUUCUGCCUGUCUGCUGGGCAGGUUUUCCUCUGCAUCACCAAAGCAAUAUACUCUGUGUUUGUCAAGGUGGCAGCUGAUGUAAGCUGAGCUUAACUUCUGGCUGGGAGCGGGAGAAACAGUUAACAAAGCUGGAAUAAUUAGCAUUGCUGUGCUCAGGCACUUGGAGUGGGAAGCAGAGCAACAGCAGAGCUCCAGGUUAAUCCUUGGGGAAGAUGAGUCACCCUGUAACUCCCGCUGCUGCUGCAGGUGCCACCCCUGUGAAUUCUUGUUGAUACCACAAGAUGCUUUUUUUGCUCUUAUCCUGAAUAAAAAAACAUGCUGUUUA